CUCUGCCAGCUGAGACUGUGAGAGCCGCUCUCAGUAACCUCCGCUCUCUGCCUGUCUGUCCUUCCUCACAAGGUGCUACCGGCUCCCUUUCCCUGCAAGCGUCAUGUCUGAUGUCCUUAAAUCGGUGGAUUACGAAGUGUUCGGCCGGGUGCAGGGUGUGUGUUUCAGACUGUACGCAGAGGAAAAAGCUAGGAAAACAGGAGUAGUUGGCUGGGUUAGAAAUUCCAGACAAGGGACGGUUACUGGCCAAGUUCAGGGUCCAGAAGACAAAGUAAAUGAGAUGAAGGCCUGGCUGAGCAAUGUUGGAAGUCCCAGCUCUCACAUCGAGCGGACUGACUUUUCUAAUGAGAGGGAGAUCUCGAAAGUGGACUUCACCGCUUUUACUACUAGAUAUUAAUAGAAAAGAAAUGGAUGGAGUGUGAAAUUUCAUAGCUUCUGCUGUUGCAUCUUAAUUUCCAUGCCUCCCUAAAGUGGGAUGAUGGUACUUUUGGGGAGCUUUCUUGCUAGAAAAAUGUAACAAUUGUCUCCAAAGCACAUUUUUAUUCAUUUUGAACCAACUUACCACAACAGAAAAAAUAAAAAAAACCAUAUGACCCCUCAACAAACCAGUAUAAUAAGUUAUAUAUGUUUUAAAGUUUAUUGAUGUAACAAUUGCUUAAUUCACACUCAGUACUCUUAACCAUUUACUCAUUUCAUUAUUUGAUAUAAAAAUGAGGUACAAUUGUACAAGUCUAAUGGUAUAUUUAAUUUAUUCCUUCCCAAAAGAUUUCCCACUAUCAGAAAAACAUGCUUUUUAAUGUGACUAUCUUUUAAUUGAGAUGUUUAUGUAAUUGUGAGAUGUUUAUUCAUUAUCCAAUUUUUUGUUAGUAGCAGUUUUGCAGCUGCGACAUGCCAAGAAUCAUCCUUAUAUAGACUUUUGGACAAUCAAUGCAAUUCUAAGAAGAGUUACUCCAGUCUAAGCCCAUUGAAAUUAGGGCUUAGACUGGAGUAACUAUAUUUAGGAUAGCACUGAAUAUGCAUUAACUAAUCCCAAUAAUACUACCUUGGGAUCUUAAGGAAUAAUGCAAUCAAUUUCUAUAAGAAUCUUAGACCAAAAUAUUUUCAUCACUGGUCAAUGCCAAAACAUAUGUAUAAGAUUUAAUAUGCAGUUUAAUAUGGGAGAAUUUAAUGUUUUAAAAGAAGACAUUUUUAGCAAAAAAUUUACUACCUUUAUAAUUCAGUUUCUUACAGUUUCUCUUGACUAUAGAUGAGACAAUUGUUACCGGAAAAUGUAACAAUUGUCUCAUCUACAGUCAGGAGAAACUGUAACAAGAUGAAUAUCAAAGCUGAUAUUAAAUCUUACAGACUGCAAAAGGCAAACAGGGACUUUCAAUAUUAGCCAACUCAGGCUACAGUCUAGUAUAUAAUUAAACAUCCACUGAUUUCAAAGGAACUUCUUUUUACACAGUUGAACAAUACAAUGGCUUUGGAAAUAAUUCUCAUAUUAGCAAGCAUGCUUAUCUGCUUAUCUGUUUACAUUUCUAACCUACUCCUGGCUGCUGGCUCUAAUCUAUUUAUCUGUCCAUCUAUUGCUUUAAGGCAUAGAAUAGGUGACAAUUUAAAACACAUUGACUUAAAAUUAGAAUAGAAACAAUGUAUGCAGAUAUCUCACUCCCUUACAAACUUCAUCUCAGCCACCCAAAGCUAGGCCCAAACAAAAGGUGGUAUAGGUGGUUCUCCCUAUCUCCAUUUUAUCUUCAUGAUAACCUUCUGAGGUAGGCCAGAUUGAGACCUGGAGAGGAAGUGACUGGUGAAAGGUUACCCUGUGAACUUCAUGGCUUAAUGGAGAUUUGAACCUGGGUCUUUCCACUCCUCUAUUGUUUCCCACACUAAAUUAUAAACUCCAGGCAGAGAUCUGCCAUGUUGCUUUUAGAAGAAGAGUAGGAUUGCGAACUCAGGUUGGGAAAUUCAUAGGAUUGCCAGCUCCAAGUUGGGAAACUCCUGGAUAUCUGGGGGGUGAAACCUGGAGAAAGUUCCAUAGAGUCGUCCCCCCACCCACGCAGAGUAGCCAUUUUUUCCAGGUGAACUGAUCUCUGUGGCCUGGAGACCAGUUGUAAUUCCGGGAGAUCUCCAGCUACUACCUGGAGGCUGGCAACCCUAGAAAUUCAUGAAGAUUUGGGGAGUGGAGCCUGUGGAGAGUUGGGUUCGGGGAGGUGUAGAACCUCAACAUGGUAUAACAUAGAAUCCAUUUUCCAGAGCAUCCAUUUUCCCCAGGGGAAGUGAUCUCUGUGGUCUGGAGAUCAGUUGUAGUCCCAGGAGGUCUCCACUUGGAGGCUGAAAUCCCUAAGAGAGAUGUGAAGUUUUUAGAGCAGCAAUGUUCAUUUGAAAGCAUCUUCACACAUUUAGUCACAACAUAACUUUCAGCUCUGGUUUGAAUUCUGGGGAGGAGACUUCUAUAAAAUGCAGCAGAAGCUAGUUGUACAUUAGAGCUCCCCCUUCUAUCAUACUUGGAGCAGUUUUAUAUUUUUGAAAGAUUUUUUGCUUAUUUGUUUUUUAAUUGACAAAUGAACAGGGUGAAAUAUAUUUAAUAUGCAGACAGCUCACCUUGAACAUUUCAGGGAGGGGCAACACUGGCCAUUUCCACACUUCCUUAAAGGAACGGCCCACUCCCCAAAUGGGGGUGGCUUUUCCACUUCACUCCAGAUGUCUACAUUUUCAAAACAGUUGCCAGCUGUUUGGCUUCAAUUUUUUUGGCGCCUUUUCUGACACUGCAGGG